UGUGUCAUGGAGGGGGAGGGGCAUGACAGUUGUGUACUUACGUAACUUGUCACUUCUAUCUUGUAUUUUGAUUUUCCAAUCGAGCUUUCUGUCGCUUUGUCGUCUUUCAGGAAGAAGCUUCUUCGGCAAAAAAAUUCUGAAAUGGUUGAUCUGAGUAACGUGCAGAAUAAGCCACUCAAGCUUAUUUUCCUUGUUCACUUCAUUUUGAUUACAUGGGGAAUACAAGGAUUCUGGAGUCCCGAUUCCUAUCUAUUUUACAAUGGGUUGUUUAUUUUGUCACUACUUUGGGGAAUCCACCAUAGAGAGUCGGAUGAACCUCUUCAAAUUGCUGUAAUAAUCAAUGUCCUUGCCAUACUGUUUGAUGUCAUCGUGCUUGCCGCCUACUUUCCUGCAACUUUCCGUAGUAGUGAACGCUUCAGUAUUGCCAUGGCCAUCCUGAAUCUGGUCAUUCGCCCUGUGACAAGUGUAAUCUUGUGUCGUAUUGCAAACGAACGUAUUGGUGGUGAAUUUUCUGGACGCAACACUUUGGGUGACAUAUUUGGGCGUGGAGACACAGUAGCACCAGGAAGACCCCGAGCUGCUUACGAUGACAUAGACAACCCUAGUGGACAUCAAAGUACGCCUGGUGUGGUGACAAUUGAUGGUGCAGGAGGCAAGCAACCUCCUCCAUAUCAUGGCUAAAUUCUUUUAACUUUUGCCAGCCAUCUGCCACUCACUUAACUUAAGAAGUCAGGAUAUCAACUAAAAAAAGAUAUCUGCCACUAAAACUUACUAAUUGUUUUUGGUUAAAUUAUUCACUUUGGUAUCAAAAUUAAUUUUGAUCAAGUUUUUGAGACCUAAUUUUGCUGUCCACAUGGAUCACAACUGCCUUAUUACUUCAAUUUUAACAACUACCAUUGUAUUUCAUAUGUUGAUCUGAAUAUGAUUGAAUAACUGAAUAAACCCUUGUUCAAGUUAAAGUUGGGGAGGGAGGGGGGGGGGCAGAUUUCAUAUCCAGCUGUUUCCUUUUUUUAAAGGCAUCUUUUUUUAAUUUCAGUAUGGGUAGCUUCUUUAUCUUUAGUAAUAUAGUUUCAAUUUUAAAAGAACCAUUCCAACUUCCUUCAGCAGUAAUAUCUUCUUGUGAGCAAUUGUUUAAAAUUGCUUAGGUAGCUUUCCAGAUACUGUGUAUAUGUAGGCUGUGUUUAAAAUAUUUUAUCUAUCAUUUGCUGUGGUUGAAUAUAGCCAAUUAAGGCGCAAGAUGUCAUCUCUAGUUUUGUUCUUUGCCAUGUCUGUAGUCACUAAUAGCACAGUAGCUCAUGUUAGCUAUUCACAUCCCUUUUUAAAUUGUUACACAUGUAGCUUUUGUUGCCAUCAAUCAUACCUAUUUUGCCGUAUUUUUGCUAGUCAUGGUUAGGUUUGUUUGUAUCACUUUGGAAAGGAUAUUAUUUAAUGCAGUGUGAUUUAGUAAAGCAGUUCAUAUGAAUUCUAUUUUAUCAAUGUCGUAUCUCAAUAGUUCGAUGAACACAAUCAAUCAGGUAGUUUGGGUUUUUGACAUUCUGUUACAUCUUAUUUAUCUUUACCACAGACUUGUACUCACUGACUAUGUAGUUUUGUAAUUUCCUUUGGGACCAAAAGAUGUUUUAACAACAUUUCUUAAAUGUGUGCACUGGUUGUAAAAAAUGCUGCAAUGAUUGUGCUGUACAUUGCAGUCUAAAAUUUUGUCGGUCAAAUAGAUAUAUUUCCUCAUUUUUUUCAGAAUUAUGAAAUUUUGGUGUUUUAAUAGGUUGGACCUGUUUGUCUCCUAUACUAACCAGUGAAAAAAGAAUCUAAUUGGCUGUGUUUUUCUGAAGUGACGUCUUUGAAACUAAUAGUCUGAAUAUCAGUAAGUAAAUAAAACCUAGAAGUGUUCUAAAGAAUCCAAUCUAGCUUGUAAGCUCAUUAGAAUGUACUAGAUUUGUAAUAAACUUCAGAAGCCUUGUA